AUGGCCGAACCAAUCAAUCUUACAGCACCCAAUGGUGUCCAGUGGACACAGCCCACUGCUGCCCCAGGUCUCUUUAUCAACAACGAAUUCGUUGCAGCCAAAUCGCGCGAAACGUUAAAGACCAUCAACCCAUAUGAUGAGUCGGUCAUUUCAGAGGUCGCGGCAGCUCGUGCAGCCUACAAAUCGUCUGAGUGGCGCGAUAUAUCAGCAGUGGAACGUGGAUCGUUACUCUGGAAGCUGGGUGAGCUUUGUGAGCAGAAUGCACAAAUUCUAGCUACCAUAGAUGCCUGGGACAACGGCAAGCCAUAUCAACAAGCUCUGGAUGAGGAUGUUAGCGAGACAAUCUCUGUCUUCAGAUACUAUGCGGGCUGGGCAGACAAGGUCUACGGUCAAACAAUUGAAACUUCUAAAGAAAAGCUGGCUUACACGAAGCAUGAACCUCUAGGCGUCUGUGGACAGAUCAUUCCCUGGAACUUUCCCAUCAUGAUGGCAGCAUGGAAAUUGGGACCAGCAUUAGCAUGCGGUAAUACGGUUGUGCUAAAGCCGGCUGAACAAACACCUCUGAGCGCUCUGUUCCUUGCGUCGCUGAUCAAGAAAGCUGGAUUCCCCCCAGGUGUUGUUAACACUGUUAACGGGGACGGUAGAAUUGCAGGAGCGGCGCACUUGCCUGCGCACCCUGGUGUCGACAAGAUCGCGUUUACUGGAAGCACAGUGACUGGUAGAGCGAUAAUGAGAGCGGCGGCGGGAAGCCUCAAAAACAUCACCUUGGAGACGGGCGGAAAGAGCCCUUUGCUCGUCUUCGAUGACUGCGAUCUUGAACAAGCUGUUCGAUGGUCUCACAUGGGGGUUAUGGGCGGCAUGGGGCAAGUCUGCACUUCAACCUCCAGACUGUACGUUCAGGACACAAUCUACGAGAGGUUCCUCGAGGCUUUUAAGAAUCACACAAAGGAGAACACCAACAUUGGAAGUCAGUUUGACGCCAAUGUAAACCACGGUCCACAGAUUUCCAAAGCCGCACAAGACAGAAUCGUAAACUACAUACAGAUUGCCAAGUCUGAAGGCGCUGAGCUGAUCUACGGCGGUGAUCAAGCCAACAUCCCUUCCAAAGGUUAUUUUGUCGGACCAACAGCAUUCGCCAACGUUACCAAUGACAUGAAGGUUGUCCGCGAAGAGAUUUUCGGUCCUGUUGUUGUCAUCCAGUCAUUCAAGACAGAAGAGGAGGCAAUUGAAAAGGCAAAUGAUUCUGACUACGGUCUUGGUGCCGCUGUAUUCACUAAGGAUAUCAUGCGUGGACACCGUGUUGCGGGUAGUAUUGAAGCGGGUAUGGUUUGGAUCAACAGCUCUCAAGAUUCGCAUUUUGGCGUUCCUUUUGGCGGUUACAAGCAGAGCGGUAUCGGCAGAGAGCUUGGUCAGUAUGCGUUAUCCUCGUACACGCAAGUAAAAGCUGUACAUGUAAACCUGGGUACAUAUCUAUAG